UGGAGCAUUGGGGAUGUGGGCUUAUCUAAGCACUCUAAGGUUAACACUAUGUGAACAAAAAAUAUUGAGAUUUGGCUUAGAUAUCGUGGUGUAGUUCUUGCUGAAGAUUUGAACUAAGAAAUUUAUAACAGCACUGACAAUGUAAUAAAGAAAAGGCUUUUUUUUUUUGGUUCACAGUAUAAAAAGAUGGAACAUGACACUGGUGGUUCUCCAUACUCAAUGCAAGCAGGGCAAAUAACAAACUCUGCGCACGCGGUGAGAGACAUCCAUCAGAUUUGUCUCAUUGACGUCCCAGGCGAAGCGCAUCAAGAGACCCGCCCUUUCACCAAUCCAAUUACUUCUCAGCCAAAUAGAUCCAUAUCUAGUCUCAGCCGUGCGAUGGACAGUAGCCUUAUCCGAGAAACAUUUUCGCUCCCAGAGUUUGAAGCAAUCAAUUUUCAGAAUCAUCUCUCGUCAGCUGCAUUUGUUGAUGACCUUAUUAUGUCCCCUUGGUUUGAAGAACAGGAGCGGGUAACUGCAAGUCACGAACAAAGUCCAAUUAAUUCCAGACAAACUGUUGCGAAUGACGUCAUUAUUAAUUGGGCGUCAGAGGAACCUAACAGCGCAGACGAUAGAACGGAAGCAAUUCUCCACUCUUACGAGCAAGAGCUCCAUGCACCGGAAGAUGACGACAUAAUUCUAGUUGAGAAGGUCAAGGCGAAGGCAAAAUACAGUUACGCGAAUCAAACUCUUCCUUUUAGCCUGUAUGCAGCGCUCUGUUGUCCUAUGUGCAUUGUAUUAUGUAUUAAAGUGGGCACUGCCCUGGCAGCUAUCUGAAUUCCUACUGUUUACAUACACAUUUAUUUCAUUGAUGAAACAUGGAAGAUGUGUGAAAGAUGUGUGGAAGAUGUGUGGAAGAUGUGUGAAAGAUGUGUGAAAGAUGUGUGGAAGAUGUGUGAAAGAUGGUUAGCAGUCUAAAAAUCAAAUAACACAAAGAAGCAUUCAACCUGAAACCUCACAAAUAGAAGUUAUGGCUGGACAACAAAUUUGAUACAGCGUCGAGGUGAUAACUCGAAUGUCGUGGGUUCGAGUCCAUAACUAUUUUUUCCUCUUUUUUUUCUUAAAAAAGAAUAUUUAGUUAACUGUAUUCUUUGAAGAAAAUAAAGUAGGAAUGGUUUAAAACAA